CCAUUACCUCCCACCGCCGCAAUUCCCAGAAAUGGUCUCCUUCUCCUGCGAAAUCUGUUCCGACAUCCUCAAAAAGCCUAAACUCGACUCUCACGCUGCGCGCUGUCGUGGGGCCUACUACACAUGCAUUGACUGCUCAAAGACGUUCAUGGAGGGGCAGUGGAAGGGUCAUACCAGUUGUAUUAGUGAGGCAGAAAAGCAUCAGGGGAGUUUCUACAAACCAGAGAAGGGGAAGGCGAAGGGUGGGAAGGGAAUGGAAAAUGGUGCUACUACUGCGGAUACGAUUGUGACUACGACUAUCCCGACAGCGAAGGGCAAGAAGGAAAAGAAGAAGAGAUCUCCGGAAGCAAACGCUACCCCUGCCGCCGAGGUUAGCCAGCCCGAAGCUAAGGAUACCCCGAUAGCCGACGCCCUCCCUUCCGAAUCCCCUGACCGGCCAAAACGCUCCAAGGAGAAAAGGAAAUCCAAAAAGGACAAGAAGGGCAAGAAAGAUAAGAAGAAAUCCGAAGACUCUCCCGCCAAACCGGAAGUUACCCCCGACUCCGCCCCCGCCGUCGAAUCCCCCGACCAGCCGGAUCCCUCCAAUGAGGGGAAAAUGGAAUCCAAAAAAGACGAGAAAGGCAAGAAAUCCGAAGACUUUCUUGCCACACCGGAAGCUAGCCCCAACUCCGCCCCUGCUGCCGGAUCCCCCGACCAGCCGAAACGCCCCAAGGAGGAGAAAAAGGAAUCCAAAAAGGACAAAAAGGGGAAGAAAGGUAAGAAAUCCAAAAGCUCUCUCACCACAACGGAAGCUAGACCCGACUUCGUUCCCGCCGCCGCCGAUUCCGUCGACAACAAGAAGAAGCGUAAGAGCGUCUCUGCGGAGGAGACCCCGGCUAAGAAGAAGAGGAAGAGUGGGGGGGAGGAGAGGGCGAGGAUGAGUCAAGAGAAGCUUGUGGAGCUAGUCGGAGAAGAGGAAUUGGGACUCGUAGGGUUCUUGGAUAGGCUUCAGGAGGAGGUGAGAACUCAUGAUGAAGAUCCCGGGGAGGCGGUGCUUCAAGGGCUACGUAUAAAAGUUGAUGGUGGGAAGGUUGUGCUUUCGUUCGAAGGCUAG